AUGUCUUCAAACAGUAACAACGGUAGCACUACACCUCCCAACGACCCUUCUUCUAGACCUCGUCGUGGUUCCAUCACCGCACAAACCUUCACCAACAUCUUCCGAUCAAAUAGUACAUCUGCCGGAGCUCCGGUCGGCCCUUUCCCUGGCCCCAUUAGCACAGCCGCAAAUCAAGAUCACAAGCGACGAGUGUCAAUUUCUACUCUCGGUCUAUCAGGCGCAUCCCCUUCACAGUCCGCAUUUCCUUUCGGUGGUCGGCGCGGCAGUGUAUCAACCACGGCUUCCGAAUCCAUUGAUGAGAGUGCGAUCGAUGAUGAAGAGGGACCUGCCAGAGGUACCCCAACCACACCUUUUACACGCCGUAUCUCAUUUGGUGCGCAAGCACUUCGAACUGUUCGUACAGGCAAUGGUAGCCCAGGCUCAAAUGGUGAAGGCGGUUUCAACUGGUCCGAGCAGCUUAGAUCUCGUGCAGAGAGUCAAGUCUCUCAAUCCCAACGUCCUAUCAUCUCCACGUCUCCCCCGAACAAUCAACGAUUUCAUGUGCCAAUGCAUGAGCGGGCUAAGAGCAUUGGUGAUGCGCCAUCUCCUCCCACCUCCGCUAUCCCUCCAGCUGCCCCACCGAAGCCUGCUCGAAAGCAGCCAGAUGCCUUCCAAGAACGUAUAUUGAAGGGUGAUUUCUACAUGGAUUGA